AGUUCUUGUUUUUGUCUGCAUCCAACUUCUUUGCUGCGACUCUGCAAUUCCCAUGCAAGCAAAGCCGCCACUGUAAUACAACUGACGUCGCGUUAUUUAGACAAAUAGGGUUUAGAUGCUAGUCGUACAGCCUCACAAUGUCGUAAGUAAACGGAUAAAUGAGGACUUCUUCUAUCCGUAAACCACUUUAAGCCUUGUCUCUGAGGACACGAAGGGGCGACGCAGGACUCAGCGACUGAGGAGACCAAACAUCAUCUUCAGUCAAACUCAAACAUUUUGUGUGUCUCUGCAUUUACAGGCAAGCCAGUCUGAAAUGCUGGAGUGUGAUGACCCUGUCAGGGUGUCAUAUCUGAAUCUCGGUCAGACAGACAAGUUAUGUGCCUGAGAAAGAAGGGUGAACGAGUCACUGCAAGUUCUCAGCAGGGUGGGAUAGAGCAUCAUCAUCAUCAAGACAAGUGAAUGAACCCCCGUCUCCCCCACAGCACUGGAUUUAAUUCAGAGAUGGAUGCUGCACCAAUUCUGCGUCCAGGGAGACCAGCAUACCAAAUGUUGGACCACAUCCCUGACUGGAUGGAGCCAGUGGAGCUGUGGGACCACAACGACAACGGGACACCAGAACCCGAAGGUUACUCACAUCCCUCAAAACAGCCGAGGAGACGGAUCAGAGCGGAACAAGAAGCAAAGGCGAAAAGAAGGUUGUUUCUGAAAGCCUUCAGGAAGUCGAAGGUGUCCCAGGCUGUUUCUCUCAUCAUAAAGACUCGAAAGCGACGGAUGCAAGCACAGAGACGGAGCAGAGGACAGAGCAAAAACAGGUGCAGGAAAGAAGGAAAGAAAACAGGCGGCGUGCGUGAGCAGGCGCUGGCGACGCUGAGGGUCAAGGCGAGAAGCGUGGCGUCGCGGCUGCAGAGGUACAUGGUGCAGAGGUACGCGGAGCAGCAGCACAACCCGCUCACCUGCAUGGCGCUGCGCCACGACCACGGCUGCCUGGCGCUGCCCUCGGAGCCGGGCCGGCGGCUCAGCCUGCUGGUGCGGGGCCUGGCGCAGGGCAAGCACCACUACGACAUGGCGGCCCGCGGCCUGCAGCGCCACCUGGAGGGCAAGGAGCGCCAGCUCAUCAGCCUGAAGGCGGAGAUGGAGGGUCGGCAUGAGGACUCUACUGCCCAGGUCACGGAGCUGAUGUCUCAGCUGCAGCGGCAGCAGCAGGCCAACGAGCGGCUGAGGAAACAGCUGGAGGAGACCGAGGAGAAGCUGAAGGCCAGCAGCAACACCGUGCUCUUCCUUAGCACCACCAUGCAUCAGCAGAAAAUCGAGACGGAGCGUCUGACUGCUGCUCUGUCGACCCGUGUCCUGAGGCGCGCUCCCAUCAAGUGGCUGCGCCACUUCACAGGCUUCAGCUCCUACGCCCGCUUCAAGGCCUUCCUCUCCUUCCUGCAGAGCGGAGACGGGGACAUGCUGGCCAAGAGCUGCCCCAGUAAGGCCGAGGCGGACGCGGAGGAGAGGGACGGGGACCGGGAGGGUGGCGGAGGAGAGGAGGAGAACGGGGAGAGGAAUGGUGGAGCGGAGGAGGAGAACGGAGAGGAGGAUGGCGUGACGAACAAUGGAGUGAUUCACCAGGAAAAGGAGCACGUGGACCGCUCCCUCAGCACGGACUUCUCGGAGACGGUGGAGGAGCACCGGGAGGCCACGGCGCGCUCCGUGCGGCAGCGGCUGGAGGCGGAGCUGAGCAGCUCCAAUAACGCCACCCGGGUCAGCUUCAACCACAAUCUGGAUCAGGAGGACCAGCUGCUGCUGACCCUGAUGCGCCUCCGGCUGGGGCUGCUGACGCAGGACCUGGCCUUCCGCUUCAACGUGGCCACCGCCACCGCCUCGCGCAUCUACUCCAACUGGAUGAGGCUCAUGCAGAGGAGACUACAGCAGGUCCCGGUGCGCUGCAAACAGCACAAAAUCCUCCAGUUCCGGCCACAAUACCCCAUGUACCUAGGCCCCGGGCGCGAGCUAGCCGUCCUGGAGUGCGCCGACCUGCUCUUCGACGGCCCCACGGGCCGCACCAGCCGGUCCAAGAAGACGCUCUCGCAGCCCUACCGCUACCUGAGGCCCCAGCGCGGCUGCGCCCUGGCCUCCCCCGAGGGUCACCUGGGCUUCUGCAGCUCCGAGCGGCUGCAGGAGCUGGAGGACUGGGCGGCCAGCCCCGAGGGACCCACGCCCGCCGACCGGCCCGAGCUCCCCGCCUUCCUGGUGGGGGACGAGACGGGGAAGGUGCCCGUGCCCCCGGAGGGGACUCCGUGUCUGGAGGUGCUGAGUGUUCGUUCGUUGACCGAUAAAAUGCAACACUUCCGCUACCUGCGCAGCAUUCAGUCGCUUGCACAGGGGUCGCAAGCGCAGAUGGACCGUGCCUGGGAGGUCUGCUGCUACUUGGCUUGCAUCCUGUAUCAGCAAAAUGGGGUUGAGGUAGGAGCCUCCUGACCUGCACCAAUUGUAAGUUGUAAGUUGGAUUCAGGAUUUGCUAUUGAGGGCCUGUGUUCACAAACUACCUCAUCAUGACUGCUCUUUGUCUUCAAGAUAUUUUUGGAAUUUUAUGUCUCUUCACCAUUUCCAGGCUGAUUGUUUGUGGAGGGACAAGUCUGUCUCUGUGACCAUACAGUACAUGCCCAUUUUCAAACUGUUGGAAUACCCCACAAUUGCAACAACAAAUUUCACUGUGGACAUACUAUAGUGUGUAGAGAUGGGUUGCACUGUGAUUUUGUAACCGUGUAGCUAGCCAUCAUCAAGAAAAGCACCACAAGAACUCUGUAGCCUUUUGAUUGUGAAAGCAUGUUUUCAAUUGCUUGGAGUCACUUUGUCAUUGGUUUUGGGUAUUCAGUUCUGGGAUGGUGGCAGCCCAUUUAGAUCCUUAGAUAUUUCAACACUUCAUUUAAAAAAUACUGUAAUUUGUCAAUGAGGAAAAAUACAAGUAUGAAUUAAAGCUGGUGAAUUAAAGCUAUGAAUUAAAGACAGGCUGGUGAGUUUUUCCAAAUUUUGCCACAUUGCAGCAGUUCUAGUCUGAUGAAUGCUAAUGAUGUGAAUACAGGCCCUUGAAAUCAAAGAAGCAGGGGCGACAUGAUUGGCAUGUGUGAUUUAAAUAUAUAUCUGUCAAUUCUUAUGACACCUGUACAGUAAAGAUGUUUCAUUCUGUGAAUCCUUUAUGAAUGUUGACUAGGAAAUGUUUAUCGAGUAUUAUUUUUUCCAAAUAAAGACUUUUUGCAUUACUUGAAAAGU